AUGACUGGAAUCGCGUUACUCGGAGCUGGGCUGUUUGUUAAGGAAGCUCACUUACCGGCAUUGUUGAAAUUACAAGCCAAUCUGCUAGCAGUUUAUUCGCGUUCUGCCCAGUCAGCACAGUCUGUCCUGACAGUGGCUGAUGAACUAGGCGCCACGUCUUCUAACAUUGAUAUCUACGCCGAUGAGUUGGAUUCCGAAGGAAAGGGUCUCGCCGCAUUGUUGCAACGCUCAGACAUUGGAGCAGUCAUCGUUGCACUCCCGAUUCUUGUUCAGCCAGAUGUCGUCCGAAAGUGUCUCGCUGCCGGCAAGCACGUAUUAUGCGAGAAGCCCGUGGCUAAAGACACAAAAGCGGCUCAUGAGCUGAUCAAAGACUACGAGCGCGACUACCUCCCUCAAGGCCUGAUCUUUUCAGUUGCUGAGCAAUUCCGCUAUGAUCGUGCCUUCACUCGUGCCGCGAGUCUUGUUGCUGAUGGUCGUAUCGGUAAGCUUCAUCAUGUUCAUGCUCGUGUUUGGGGUAACAUCCAGCCUGGUGACAAUCAAUACUACGAGACUGAGUGGCGCAAGAUACCAGAGUACCAGGGGGGGAUUUAUCUUGGAUGCCGGCGUGCAUUUCGUCGCGCUGAAAUAUCCUCAUCUUCCCCUGUGGACACUGUCAAUGCAGCCAUAGAAUUUGACGAUGGGGCUUCUGGCUCACUGAGUUUCUGUUUUGCUUCUACCAAAGGGAUCUUUGAGUUCAUCUUCGUCGGAGAUCAAGGUGCUUUGACCAUCAGUGCCGUGGAUGGUAAAGAGGACACUUGGCGGAUCGUGCUCGAAAAAGAGCAGAAAGGCGAUAAUGUUGUCAUUGAUGAGGAGAUUCUCGGUGGAGGCGUUUACCAGGAGAUCAAGGCUUUUCUUGGAUCCUGUGCUGGUGCUGCGCAUGAUAAAAAAGCUGGAGCUCGUGAGGCGAUGGCCGAUGUUGCUGUGGUUGAGAGCAUCUGCGCUGGAGGGGGCUGCAUUGAGCUCUUACAGCUGUGA